CCCGCCCGCCAACCCGCCAUAAACAACAAUCCACACAAAGACCCACCUACUCUGUACAUCUACAACAAACCCAAGGAUGAGUUCUCGAAUAAAACGGACGGGCACCAGACGGGCAACACAAACAGACACCUCCUUGCCCGUCGAACUUCCCGAAUAUGAACCGCCCAAAUACCCACUCACGGACUCCUCACAAAGAGCCCUUGCGCAGAUCGAGCGCAUCCACUCCCUCGAGAAACUCAAGCGCCAUCUGGACACGGCCAACAACACUCUGACCGAAAUGGCGGGCGAAAUCAACGACAAUUUCGUCCGACGAGAAGACCAGCACAAGCGGCGCAAGGCCCGGCACGAGGCGCAAGGCAUCGAAGGCGAUCCCGACGACGAAGAAGCUCGCGAACGCGAGCUCGAAGACAUCCGACAGCGCGUGGAAGCAAUGACGGACCAGAUGGAGCUCGAAACGCGAAAAGCCAUCGACGCGCAGGCCGCGGUCGAGAACAUGGAGGCCGUGCUCAAAGAAAUCACCCAAUCCGCUAUCCGGACGAGCAUGGACGUGCAUAAUGCCCGCGCGGCGUACCGUCGACAUGCACGACAAAGACGCGGAGUUGAAGACGAUGAGGAAGAAGAAGAGAGGGACGAGGAUGCGCUGGUCGUGGACGAGAACGAUCUGGACUGGCGCGUCGACGGAAUGUUUGCGGCCCAGGCGGCGGACACGGCGCCGAGUAAGCUGUGGGAUGCCCAGUAUGAUGAAAAGGACGCGCAGUAUCAGCGGCUGUCGUUGCAGAAUCGCUACGCCUCGAACAACUCCUACGUCGGGUUCAAACGCAUGGUCCACGACGCGCGCAAUCCAGGUGAAGACGCCCCUCCACUUUCUAAUCCCUCCACAUGGUUCGCGGCCGCAGCCGCAGCAUCACAACAACAAGAACGAGACUCGGAUUCUGCCACCCUUACCGCAGGAAGUACGCCUGCUGCUCCCGGUCCUGCGGGUCCUGCUCGAGCACGAAGCCGAAAACCUGCCCGCCCCGCCGCCGCCGCAGACGAAGAAGACGACGACGACGACGACGACGACGACGACGACGUGGCCAUCGCCCGAGAAGUCAUUUCCAUCAAAUGCCCACUUACGCAACAAGUCUUCCGCGACCCCGUGACGAGCAAGAAAUGCCCGCACAGUUUCGAGCGCGAGGCCAUCAUGAGCAUGAUUCGCCAGAGCAAUUUGUUUGUCGGCGGCUCCGCACCGCCCAGACGCGGCGGUGUCCCGCGUGAUGGCAAACGCGCUGUCAAGUGUCCUGUUUGUGAGAAGAUGCUCUCCACCGACGACUUCUUCUCAGACCAACUUCUCAUCCGCCGCAUCAAGCGACGCCUGCAACUCGAACUACAACACGAUGCUCCUGACUGGGACGAUUACGAUGAGCCCCAACGCCCCUCGCAGUCGCAGAACGUCAAGCGUGAGGCUGGCUCUCAAUCUCAGUCUCAGUCUCAAUCUCAGUCUCAAGCACAUCAUGCGGCGGACGACAGUUUUGCGGGCGAAGACAUUUCGGUGCUGGAGACGCAGUAUCAGACUGAGUCCCAGUCCCAGAACCAGGAACAGGAACAGGCGCAGGAACAGUCUGCAGCAAAAAGAAUAAAGACAGAAUCGCGUGCACGUGCGGGUAGAGAUCCGAGCAUGGUUCCCGGGACGCAGUUUGAGUAGUAAUUCCUUGGUCGUUGGUCUCUGGACAUGGACAUUGACGGGUCAAGGGUAUGAACGGGUCAACGGUGGGACGGAUUAAAUGUAUACCAAUUAAACUACAUUCAGUCACAUC